UUGUUGUAUUGUCAGCGUGUCGCAUUGUUGGUGUGUCUCCUGGAGUAAUUAGUGGAAUUGCGGUGAGCGCGAUACGAACGCGCCUUACACUUCAGCAUCGCGGCUUUCGGGACCGGAAUUCCAGGCGACGCUGUUUCGACACCACUCUCACGCGAACGAUGGCGGCUAUCGAUGUCAGAGACGACGUGCUCUGCUACCUUGAGAAAGAGACUUGCAUGGUUGGCGAAAGCUCAAUAGACACCGAAUCGGAAUCAGAAGAACAUGACGAAAGCCACUCUCUUCGCGCUCAAGUCACGUCUCAGACGAACGAAGUUAUCCUCAGCCACUGGCCCUUCGAAAGCGAUGCAGCGCGGAACUCAUACCUCGGCAGAGACCUGCCAGGACUAGCAUGUCUCUGUUUUCCAUUUGCGCUCGACGAAAGGAUACACCUCAUCGCAAGACUUUUUUCAAUCGUAUACCUGCUGGGCGAGAUCGUAUCCGAGCUAGACGGCGACGAUGCAGAAGAAUGUCUCCAGAGUCUGAUGCAAGCUGUGAAGGGAUACUGGGCGGACAGGACACAAGCAGAGGUGUGGAUGCUUUGCGAUCUCUUCGACGAGAUUCGAAGUCAUGAGUACAUUAUGGUGGAGGAUAUCAUCGAGGCCACUUGGAGAUAUCUUGAGCUUCGCACGGUGCGGAGAGGGCGGCGGACGAAGCGUGAAGAUAGGCGGCCGGGAUUCCAGAGUACUUUCGUUGAAGCCGGUGUGCUUUUGCCAUUGCAUCGUUUCGCGACUGGGCUUAUGAUCGAUGAGGAGGAGUUCAAUUUUGGUAAUCAAGAGCUGCUGGGUAAUACAGUUCGAUCAUAAUAGUAAUGAAGCCUGCACAGCUAGGCGUCGCAGCUGGGAAUGUCAUUCGUGGCUCAGUGCAGUCGUCUGUGAGGACAUGUGCCAGUGGUGUUAGACGUGAGCUGCCCAUGCAGUCCACAUGCUGAGGACGAAGUGAUCACGAUGCCCCAGACAAUUGUGCGUGCGUCGCAUGUGAAGACGCAAGACUCGUAGUUGGCUUGGCUUGUCGGACAGCUGAGCCUCGUUUGCUGGCAGGUUCGCGGGUGCACUGAGCAGCUGGACGGCAAAAGUGCCCUGCAUCCCACGGCGCUGAGCCUCGUGUGGUUGGCGAGUCUGGUCACGAAGGACAUUUGUUCGGUAGUGGG